GCGGCGGUGUGUGUACUAAUGCGAAUGUGCCCUUCCCCGGCGAGUGAAGCGCAGCUCCGCGGUCCUCGGUUCCGCCUCUUCGUCUCCCGCACCGAGACAUGUAACGGGAAAUUUGUGCGCGCGCUCACCGGACGUGGUUCUGUGGUGGAGUCCGUGUCGAGCGGCUCGAGCGCGCGCCGCGAACCCGGCGCAGGUGUCCAAACAGAGGGUGGAAUUCUGCUUUAUCGCUUUGCUCAAGCAAAGAACAAUUCUCUCUCCUCCCAUCCAAGUUCCGUUCAAUGCCUAACACUGCGGAAAGUCAAGGAGAAAGCUUAUCCACGACCAGUGACCAGGGAGCCCCCAAACACCCCCCGAGCCGGGACAAUGAGACGGCACUGUUCCCCAGGGACGCCCUGAGAGCACGGCGUGCGUCCAGUGCUGAGGUCCAGCUCCCAUGGACUUGCCCUGUCACACACUCCAAGGAGAAGUUCUACACGGUCUGCUCGGAUUACGCUCUGCUCAACAAGGCUGCCUCGGUGUAUCGCCCGUCUAGCACGCCUAGAGACAACCCCACUGCCUCACGGGACGCCGGCGAAGCCCCUUUUGCUCAGUCCAACACAUCCAGUUGUGCCCAGGCGCAAGCAGGCUGCACACAUGUAGCGUUUCCUGGGGACUGUGAUAUGGAAGUGAUGUCCUCCAGCCACACAAAGCCCGUUUUGGCCUGGGAGAUUGACACAACUGAUUUUGACGCUGUACUGACCAGGAAGAACAGGGCAAGCAAUAUCAAAAAAUCUGUCUCCAAGAAGAUGAAGUCCUCAGACAAGCACAGCAGGAAUCUCCAAGAUGCCUCGCAGCAUGUCACACUGGAGGAGAUCAAGCAAAGAAAAGUGAUGGACCUGAGGAGAUGGUACUGCAUCAGCCGUCCCCAGUACAAGACGUCCUGUGGAAUCUCUUCCUUAGUGUCCUGCUGGAACUUUUUGUACAGCACCUUGGGAUCUGGGAGCCUCCCGCCCAUUUCCCAAGAAGAAGCCCUGCAAAUCUUGGGUUUCCAGCCACCAUUCGAGGAGAUCAAGUUUGGCCCGUUCACAGGCAAUGCCACACUCAUGCGUUGGUUUCGACAGAUCAAUGACAACUUCCGUGUUCGAGGGUGUUCCUACAUUUUGUAUAAACCUCAUGGGAAACACAAGACGGCCGGAGAGACAGCUGAGGGUGCUUUGAUGAAGCUGACCCAGGGGCUAAAGGAUGAAUCCAUGGCCUAUAUAUACCACUGUCAGAACCACUACUUCUGCCCUGUGGGAUUUGAAGCCACCCCCUUGAAGGCAGCCAAGGCCUACAGGGGUCAUCUCCCACAAAAUGAAAUGGAAUACUGGAUACUCAUUGGAGAACCAAGCAGGAAACACCCAGCCAUUCACUGCAAAAAGUGGGCAGAUAUUGUGAUAGACCUCAACACACAGAACCCAGAAUACCUGGACAUCCGCCACACAGAAAGGGGCAUUCAGUACCGUAAAACCAAGAAGGUGGGUGGAAAUCUGCACUGCAUCAUGGCCUUCCAGAGGGUUAACUGGCAGAAGCUGGGUCCCUGGGCCCUGAACCUAGAAAACCUGAGGCAUGACCUCCACCACCAGGUGCCAGAGCGGGUGGCCUGUGGAGCUACAGAAGGCUCUGAGGAGAAGCCCUCAGCCAGGCGCCUGGGUCGCUCACUGAGCAGUGGGAAUCAUGCAGAGGCUACUUGGAAACGUCACUCUAACACGUACGACUACAGGCAUGGGGGGUCUCCUGACAGCGAGGUCGAUGAAGACAACACCGAGUGAGAGGCUCGAAGAGGCAUCUCCUGUGAAAUGAUGCAUCCUGCCCUUUGUGUCUUUGAGCUGGACGGCUCCAUCUGUUUCCACAUCCGUGUGUCCAGUGGGUUGUCGCAUUGGUAAGAUCAUCACAAGAAUCUAACACAUGUACAGUUUGCUUCUGUAUUAUUUUAAUAUUCAACAUCAUAAUAUUCUGUGGCAAACAGUUUGACGGCUUCAGCUGAGCCGAAGAUGCUGAUUAAACCGUAAACCUAUGUACCCAUGUGCUCAACUUUGUUCUGUUUGUAGAUGUACAGUAUUAGAUGGAGAAAAUGACUUGCAUAAACUAGUAAGGAAGCUGUCCCUGAGCGGUAAAAUGGGGUGAUGCUGCUGUUAAGAUGCAAGUGCAACACCGAAAUAGAGCUAAGGACUCCCUUAUUACUAAACUAAAGUAAUGGGGUAACGUUUCAAAUGUGCUCAUGUAUAUCCUGUGAAACGUUCAAGGUAAGACUGCACGCUUGCUUCCUUAUACCAUAAUCAGCCAUAUACCUUCUUUUCUUCAAGCAAAGGUCCAUUGUCCUUAUUCCUCCAGACAAAAACUAUAAAUGUACUGUAAAUGUUGCAGCU